UAUUGAUAAAGUUUAACAUGCAAAAUUUGUAACGAAACUUGAUUUGUUAAAAGGAUUUUGGCAAGUUCCUAGACAGAGCAAAUCAAGUUUCAACAAUGUUUACGUCUAGAGGAUUAAUUUAUUACAAUGGCAUUGGGAAUGAAUAAUUUCUCCUGCAACAUUUAGAUGGCUUGUAAAUUUCAAUAUUUAUGGACUUAAAGGAUGUGAUGGAUAGAUUAAAUAUGUCAUAUAUACAUGUACCAUGACACUUUGCAAAGUCAUCUGUUGACCAUAAAGGAUUUCUUCAAAAGAGUCAGUGAAGCAAACUUGACAAUUAAUUGAUCAAAAAGUGAAUUUUGUAAAAGCUUGUUACUUUCUUAGGUCAAGUUGUUGGAUAGGGUCAAGUAAAAAUGAUUGAUGCUGCUAAGGUUGAAUCAAUUUUUUCAGUUUGACACCAGGAUACACAAUUGCCUUCAAGAAUAUACAAGAUCCCAAAACAAAGUGCUACACAAUCAUGUUCCCCCUAGGAUUGUUCAAUAUGGAAUUGGUGGAACUGCGACAACACUACAGUUUCAAAUUUUAUGUGUUUUGAUGGCUAUUAUUCAUGAAGAUGAAGUAAACUCUGUCGGUUGUUACUUCAAUAAGCAGCCGUCAGCUAAGUAUACCGUUGUCAAAACUCAUGUCAUUCGAGAUAUUAUGAUUCGGUCAUUACCUUUGAAUUCUUGGAUUUUCAUAACAUCUAGUAACUCAUUGCCUGUCAUAAAAAAACAAGAGCUCGAAUUGACUAAACGUAAGAUUAAAAAUAUGAAAAUAGAAAUCCCAUAUAUAGCUGACAUUAGUAUGGUUUCUAAACGUGGUCAUUUCAUUGCGUAUGAAUACCAGUCUAUAUUUCGUGUAUCAGACAAACAAAUGGAGAAAGUGACUGAAUACCUGCGCUACUGGGAUAUACUAAGAGUAUGUUGCGGAAAACAAAUGUCGGCGGACUGGCGAUGGCAUUUAUUGCACACAAAACAUUUUACACCACACCAUGAGCUACACAGUUCAUCAUACCCAGCCUGCGAAAUGUACAAUAUCAGUGCAGUAGAACAGCUUUUUAUAAAAACAAAUAUUUAUCAAAAAUAUGCACACGGACCAUCACUACAUGAUAUUAUUGGAAAAAUAUCAAAUGUUGACGGCGAUAUGGAUGGUCAUUAUUGCGAGCGCUGUAGCAAAAAUAUUUCAGAAAAAUAUUUAGGAUUUAACCAAAAUUGUGCUUAGGAAAGGGUUAUAAGAAACAGUCAGUUAUAAAAUCUUAAGCUUAAUCAGCGCCUUUGUCUUCUAGCCACGUGAAGAGUUCCAUUUUCUAAACAUUCACGCUAGCAGUGAAAUAACAGUUACUAAGUUUAAAAGAAAUACUGUUUUAUCACAUAAUGCAAUUCAAUGUGGAUGCUGCUUUUCUUCAAUGAAAACUGGACAUGACUAAUUAAUUUGUGCAAUUUUGGUCAGACAGUAGUACGGUAAAAAUAAUUUUGAAUAGCGAUAAAAAACGUGAUUUUAAUAAAAGAUAUCUGAAUAUAUGUGAUUUAUUACGGCAAUUACAAUAACCAGCACUCUCCAUAUUCCGAACAUCUACAGGAGGGUUGAUUUUUUGUCUUAAUACUUAAAACGUGUCCAAUUAAAAGAAAUGAAGGGGAAGCUGCUUUUAUUUUUUAUACCUUUUUUUAAUAUUGUGACUUCAUAUUUCAGUUUACCUGUAAGAAUAAAAAUAAAACCUGA